UUAAAUUGGUUAAGACGCGAUGACACUAGUUUUCUCUUCAAACAAGGAUUGUUAUAUCAUUUUGUAAAUUCUGUGACCAUCUUUUCAUUUCCUUGGUUGUCUUUUGGGUCAAAAGGGGUUCCUUUCCUAUUCAAAAGGUGAAAAAAAACUAUUCAACUUGAUGAGCUAAAAAUAAAGAUUGACCUCUGGUCUAAUAGUUGGCUAAGAACGUGACAAGUACACAGAAAAUGAACAAGACGGUGAUAUUGGUAACCGGAGCUUCUGGUUACCUGGGUGGACGGCUCUGCCACCAAUUAUUCAACGCAGGCCACCAUGUUAAGGCAUUCGUUCGCCAUACAAGCAACCUAUCUUCUCUACCUUCGCCUACUGAUGGCGGAAGCGGCGGCGGAACCCUAGAGCUUGUGUUUGGAGAUGUUACAGAUUAUCAGUCACUCCUUCAAGCCUGCUCCGGUUGCCACGUCAUCUUUCAUGCUGCUGCAGUGGUCGAGCUAUGGUUUCCUGAUCCAUCUAGAUUAUUCUCAGUCAAUGUUGGAGGAUUGAAGAAUGUGUUACAAGCUUAUAAAGAAACAGGAACUAUAGAGAAAAUUGUGUACACAUCGUCGUUUUUUGCCUUGGGAUCAACUGAUGGAUAUGUUGCCGAUGAAACUCAGACUCAUACCGGAAUUUAUCCAGGACUCAUAUAUGGUCCUGGAAAGGUCACGGAUGCAAAUAUCGUUGCACGUAUGAUAAUUGAACGCUUUAGUGGGCGUUUACCUGGUUACAUUGGCCAAGCAAAUGAAAGGUUCUCUUUUAGUCACGUUGAUGAUGUGGUUGACGGGCAUAUUGCAGCUAUGGACAAAGGCAAACCAGGCGAAAGGUAUCUUCUUACUGGGGAGAAUGCGUCAUUUAAGCAAGUUUUCGACAUAGCUGCCAUGAUCACUCAGACAAGAAGGCCUUCAUUUGGAAUCCCCCUACUUAUUAUUGAAGCUUACGGCUGGAUAUCAGUUCUUUUCUCCAAAUUAACAGGAAAGCUUCCUCUAAUCAGUCCUCCGAUUGUUUCCGCGGCUAGACAUCAGUGGGCUUACUCUUGUGGGAAGGCAAAAGCAGAGUUGGAUUACAACCCCAGAAGCUUGAAAGAAGGUUUGUCCGAGGUGCUUCCUUGGUUGAAGAGCUUGGGAUUGAUUGACUACUAACAAAUACUAAUAUUUUUUAAUUGAUUGUGGAAGGUUCUAUUCAUCAAACCACACCAUAUUUUUUGGUGGUCCAAUAUUUAUAAGUCACUCUCAUUAGAGAUCACCAAUAUUAGUACACGUACGAUAUGUAGAUAAUAUUAAAGAAUAUUAAUCAUAUUAAAUCAUAAGCUGCUUUG